CCGGGGAUCCUGGCGGCUUCCCGCCUGAGAUGGGGUUCUUCGCCGAUCUUCCUACCCUUUGUUGAGCCUGUGGUUUUAUGCUAGACGGCACGCCUCCUGUGUGGCGACUGGGCAGAGAUUUUAUAAGCUUGUGUUCGUUUUAUAUGUUUUUAAAGAAUUGCUUGGGGGGCUUCCCUGGUGGCGCAGUGGUUAAGAAUCCGCCUGCCAACGGAGGGGACAGGGGUUCGAGCCCUGGUCCGGGAAGAUCCCACAUGCCGCGGUGCAAGUAAGCCCGUGCGCCACAACUAUUGAGCCUGCACUCCAGAGCCCGCGAGCCACAACUACUGAGCCAGGGUGGUGCAACUACUGAUGCCCAGGAGCCUAGAGCCCCUGCUCCACAACAAGAGAAGCCACCUCUCGCCGCAACUAGAGAAAGCCCGGGUGCAGCAACGAAGACCCAUAGCAGGGUUUCCAGAAAGGAAGCAAAACCACAGACUUGUCAACUGGCCUGGGCUGUGGAGACAGGGGAAGUACCAGGAAGGGGUGGACGACCCCGACCCAGCUAAAUGGAAGGCCCAGCUCCGCUGUGCGCUCAACAAGAGCAGGGAAUUCAACCUGAUGUACGAUGGCACCAAGGAGGUGCCCAUGAACCCAGUGAAGAUAUAUCAAGUGUGUGACAUCCCCCAGCCCCAGGGCUCUAUCAUUAACCCAGGAUCCACUGGAUCUGCUCCUUGGGAUGAGAAAGAUAAUGAUGUGGAUGAAGAAGAUGAGGAAGAUGAGCUGGACCAGUCACAGCACCACGUUCCCAUCCAGGACACCUUCCCCUUCCUGAACAUCAGUGUGAUGCGCUUCUCAGAGUUGGAGAUGAAAGAGCGAGAAGGUGGCCACCCCACGACCAAAGACUCCGAGGUGCACAAAUUCAGCCCCGCUGACUGGGAAAGGCUGAAAGGAAGUAAGGACAAAAAGCCAAAGUCGUUCGCCCCGGAGGAGGCCAUUGCCGACCAGAACGACAGUGAGAGAUAGAUGAAGAAGCUGAGACUCAAAAGGUGAAGUGAGAGGACAGCAUUACCUUGAUACCAAACCCAGACAAGGACACUACAAGAAAACUACAGACCAAUAUCUCUUAUGAACACUGAUACCACAAUCCUCAACAAAAUAGGAGGAAACUGAAUUCAACAGCACAUUAAAAGGAUCAUACACUAUGACCAAGUGGGAUUUAUUCUUGGAAUGCAGACUUGAUGGUUCAACAUAUGAAAAUUAAUCCACGUAAUACAUCACAUUAACAGAAAGAAGGAAAAAAAUGAUCAUCUCGAUUGAUGUACAAAAAGCAUUUGACAAAAUGCAACACUCUUUCAUGAUAAAAGCACUCAACAAACAGGGAAUAGAGGGAAAUUACCUCAACAUAAUAAAGGUCAAAUAUGAAAAGCCCACAGGUAGCAUCAUACUCAAAGGUGAAAGUCUGAAAGCUUUUCCUCUAAGAUCAAGAAGAAGAUAAGGAUACCUGCUUUUGCCACUUCUAUUCAACAAAGUACUGGAAGUCCUAGCCAGAGCAAUUAGGCAAGAAAAAGAAAUAAAGGCAUCCAAAUUCGAAAGGAAGAAGUAAAAUUAUCUCUGUUCACAGGCAACAUGAUCUUACAUGUACAAAAUCCUAAAGAGUCCAUGAAAAACCACAACCCUCUUAGAACUAAUAAACAACAUUCAGAAGCAAAAUCGUAGGAUACAAAAUCAACAACAAACAUCAGUUGUGUUUCUAUAUGCUCUCAAUGAACAAUCUGAAAAGGAAGUUAAGAAAAUAAUUUCAUUUAUGAUAGCAUCAAAAAGAAUAACAUACUUUGGGAUAAAUUUAACCAAGGUGGUAAAAGAUGUGUACACUGAAAACUACAA